CUAUCUUAGCCUGGUUUGUGAUUGAGGUUUAUUCAUUAACCAACCCGACGAGAUAAUGAUUUACUUACUUUCUAGAAAAGACCUCCUGAACUUUGAUUAAAUUGCUUCCUGCGCUGCCGAGCUGCUUAAACACGCACCGAGUCUACGGCUAACUUUAAGCUCUAGCUUGCUUCAUGCGAACAUAACAGAUCAUAUUAUUGUUCACACACUGUUGCUUUUCAGCUGUAGAAAAUGUCCAAGCUGCUCCCGUGCCCGUUCCUUUCGGUUCGUCCGCUUCGCUGUAUGGUGGAUGAGAAGUUCGAGGUGCGCGUGCAGGGUUUAGUGCCCGGUGCUCGGGUCACGCUGCACGCGCUGCUCCAGUCGGAGGACGGAGAUUUCUGGGAAGGUUUCGGUCACUAUGUCAGCGAUAAGGCAGGAAACGUCUCAGUCUCUGAAGAUGCCAGUCUGGGUGGCUCAUAUGACGGAGUUGAAGCCAUGGGUCUGCUGUGGAGCAUGAAACCUAUUCCUGGAAGCAGAACCGGCCUCAGAUUCCGGAAGAAGGAUGUGAAAACACCACUUGAUGUCCACAUUUCUGUGUAUGAAAACCACCUAAAUAAGGGGUUCCAGGAGAAACCUCCCAUGGCGUCAGUUGUGGUACAGCGGUGGUACAUAUCUCCAGGAAUCCAGAGGGUCGAGGUUACAGAACAUGAUCUGAAGGCGGUUCUUUUUAUUCCACCAGGUCCUGGACCUUUUCCUGCUGUUCUUGACCUCUGGGGUGGAGGUGGAGGUUUAGUGGAGUAUCGCUCUGCUCUUCUAGCAUCCAGAGGCUAUGUUGCAUUAGUAUUAGAGUAUAUUGGAUUAUUAGACAGCAGUGGAAGGCCAUAUCAAGUGGACAAUGAAUACUUUGAGGCAGCCUACAGUGUGCUGAAGCAGCACCCACAGGUUUGUCCUGAAAGAAUUGCUAUAUUGGGUUUGUCUUUCGGUGUAUCUGUAACCCUGGGUAUGGCAGCAUACUCCUCAGUGAUAAAGCCCAGAUGUGUAGUGUGUGUUAGUGGAAGCCACAUCAUGCCUGUCAAUGGAACACUGGCUGAUGUCUUUGCUGAAAUUACAAAAAAUUAUGGAAACACCCGCUAUGAUGAAGAAAAAAGAAUUAUUUGGCGAGAUCUCCUGCUGCCAGUACCAGAUGACGCUUCAAAGAAAGUUGAAAUGGGUCGUAUUCUAUGUCCAAUUUUGUUGAUUGUUGGGGAGGAUGAUCAGAAUUGGCCCGCAUCAGAGUCUGCAGAAGAUAUGAAACAGAUGAUGGAACAAGCUGGCAACAGUCACCUGUUGACAACUCUCUCUUACCCUGGAGCCGGCCACCUUAUUGAGCCUCCUUACAGUCCACACUGCCGAGCCAGUAAUUACAUGCUGAUUGGGACAAGGAAAAAAGUGGUUGUGCUGUGGGGUGGACAAACAGUGCCUCACAGUCACGCUCAGGAGGACUCCUGGCACAAAACCCUGGCCUUUCUGGAGCAGCACCUCUAUAGCAACUUGAGUCAUUAAACAUCAACCUCACUAUAAGAAUAAUGAAUUUUUUUUCAAACAUUUUAUAUGCAGUAACAACUAUUGCACCUUUAGCUUUGAGUACACAGGUAAAAAAAAUACUCAUUAACUUUUUUAGCAGUAAAUGUAAUUAGAGUUGUAAUCACUUUGCUAUACACGAUCAAAAAUUAAAUAUGAAAAAUUUAACUGGUUACAAGAGAAGAUUGAUUUAUUGAUGUUUAAAAUUUGCAAAAUUUAAAAUAAAGUUUUAUGUAAAUUGGACUUUUUACUAGCACAGGACUCAUAAUAUUUAAUAGCGAUGGGUAUCACCAGUGACUGCCAGAUAUGAUGUUCAUAUUUUUAAUAUAAUUUUUUUUUCCAUUUUUGUUACAAUUUCCAGACCUUGAACUUUAAAAAAAAGUUGUGUACCUUACUUGAAAGUUGUGUGUAAAGUUCAAUAUCUUAACUUUAUUCCACAGCUUUAUAACUUAAGUAAUUAAAUGUAGCCUACUGUAAAAGUAUGCGAUAGUUUCAUGCUUAACUUAAAAUGCUAUUGGAAUUGCAGCCAUUUAAAGCUAAAAGUAUUGACUCAAUUCAUCCUAAGACUUUUAAAUUCAGUGUGGUGGUGUAGAGGGGCCAAAUGCCAAAAAAACUUUGUUCCAAAAUUUAUGGAUGUGAAUGUAUGUCCUGCAUGUUUCCAGAGAACAGCAGUCAGUUAUGUUGUCCUGUGUUUUUCUAUGUUGCUAUUUUGCAUUUUCUAUUUAUAUAAAGGACUAACAAUAACAUUCAUUUGAUAUGACAUAAAUUAUAAAAAAACAAAGAUGAUAUAAUUACAGCCAUACUGUCUCCCUCUGAAUCAUUUGCAUUAGCUUCAAUUUAUUAAAAAGUUUACCCGUCCAUGUUAAAUUAUUGUAGAUACAAUAUUGUGGAGAUAGAGGGCACUCUAAUUACUACUAAUAUUAAUCUUUUACAGAUUACUAAUUACUUAUUUUAACAUGUAAAAAUUUUAUUUACUUCCAGGAAAAAGCAAUAACAUUACUUGUUACUUUCCUUUUAAAUUGGUCCAAAAAUCCCAUACAAUGCAUGUUUACUUAACUGUUUGUAUGUUUAGUUGAUUUGUUUGCUCAAAAAUUUCUUUUGUAUUUUGAUAGCAUGCAUUAUACAGCACACAUCAAUAAACUUGAGCUCCCCACACAA